AUGUCGCAGCCCCGCAGUUGGGGAAUCCUCCUCGCCGUCCUCGUCGCGGCGGCCGUCGCCGUCCCGCCGGCGACCGCGGCGGUGGCGAGCAUCGACCUCGGCUCAGAGUGGCUCAAGAUCGCGGCUGUGCAUCUUGCCCCGGGCCGUGCUCCGAUCGCUGUUGCCAUCAACGAGAUGUCGAAGCGCAAGUCCCCGGCGCUCGCCGCGCUCGCCGACGGCAAUCGCCUCGCUGGGGAGGAGGCCGCGGGCAUCAUGGCGCGGCACCCGUCCAAGGUGUUCGCCCGCGCGCGGGACCUCUUGGCCAAGCCCUUCUCCUACGUGCAGUCCGUCACGGAGUCGCUCUUCCUCCCCUACGACCUCGUCCCCGACGCGCGCGGUGCCGCCGCGGUCCGUGCCGAUGACGGGCAGGUAUACUUCCUCGAGGAGAUCGUCGCCAUGGUGCUUCACUACGCCGCGGGGCUCGCCGAUGCGCAUGUUGGGGCGCCCGUGCGGGACGCGGUGAUCGCCGUGCCGCCCUACUUCGGGCAGGCCGAGCGCCGGGCGUUGACGCAGGCCGCACAGCUGGCUGGAAUCAACGUGCUUUCUCUCAUCAACGAGCACGCUGGGGCCGCGCUUCAGUACGGGAUCGACAAGGACUUCUCCAAUGCGUCGCGGCAUGUCAUCUUUUACGACAUGGGCGCUGGUAGCACCUACGCUGCAUUAGUGUACUACUCGGCAUACAGCGCCAAGGAGUUCGGGAAGACAGUGUCCGUUAACCAGUUCCAGGUUAAGGACGUUAGAUGGAACUCUGAACUUGGAGGCGUUGAAUUGGAAAUGCGUCUGGUCAACUAUUUUGCUGAUCAAUUCAAUAAGCAGCUUGGUAACGGGGUUGAUAUCCGUCAGUCUCCCAAGGCAAUGGCUAAGUUGAAAAAGCAAGUUAAGCGCACCAAAGAAAUUCUUAGUGCAAACACUGCAGCUCCAAUUUCAGUAGAAUCUCUGUAUAAUGAUGUUGAUUUCAGGAGUACCAUAACACGUGAGAAAUUUGAAGAGCUCUGUGAAGAUUUAUGGGAGCAAGCUCUAACUCCAGUUAAAGAAGUGCUGACACAUUCUGGGAUGAAGAUUGAUGAUAUCUAUGCUGUAGAACUAAUAGGAGGAGCUACCCGGGUUCCAAAAUUGCAGGCUAAGCUGCAGGAAUUUCUGGGUCGACGUGAGCUGGAUAAACAUCUUGAUGCUGAUGAAGCAAUUGUUCUGGGAGCCUCACUUCAUGCUGCUAACCUGAGUGACGGGAUUAAGUUGAACCGUAAGUUGGGAAUGAUUGAUGGCUCUACUUAUGCUUUGAUACUUGAGAUAGAUGGUCCGGGUUAUGUCAAGGAUGAAAGCAUUGAUCAAACUUUGGUGCCAAGAAUGAAGAAAAUGCCAAUAAAGAUGUUUAGGUCCAUCAGACAUACCAAGGACUUUGAUAUCUCUCUCAACUAUGACAAAGCUUAUGAACUGCCUCCAGGCAUUCCAUCACAUAAGUUUGCAGAGUAUUCCGUAUUAGGGCUGACAGAUGCCAGUGAAAAGUAUGCAUACCGUAAUUUAUCUGCACCCGUCAAAGCAAAUCUACAUUUUUCUUUGAGUAGAAGUGGAAUUAUUGCUCUUGAUAGAGCAGAAGCAGUAAUUGAGAUAACUGAAUGGGUUGAAGUUCCAAAGAAGAUAUUGACUCUAGAGAGUAACAUCACCAAUCAGAAUUCAUCUUCCGAAGUAGGAGCAGCUAAUAGCACAACAGAUAGUAAGGAAAAUUUGAGUUCUGGCAGUGAUACUAAUUCCAGCACUUCCACUGAUGAGAGUAAUAAUGCUCAAGAAAUUAUUACAGAGAAGGUGCUAAAGAAAAGAACAUUUAGGGUUCCAUUGAAGGUUGUGGAAAAAACGACUGGUGCUGGAACAAUUCUUUCGAAGGAGUUGUAUUCUGAAGCAAAAAAUAGGUUAGAGGCACUCGAUAAGAAGGAUGCUGAAAGGAGGAAAACUGCUGAACUUAAGAAUAACCUAGAGUCAUACAUAUAUUCUAUGAAGGAGAAGCUGGAAGAAAGCACAGAUAUUUUGACUGUCUCAACCAAACAGGAGAGGGAAUCCUUUGCGGAGAAACUUAGUGAGGUGCAGGAUUGGUUAUAUAUGGAUGGUGAAGAUGCUCAAGCUAAUGAAUUCAAAGAGCGCCUUGAUCAACUUAAGGCCAUUGGCGACCCAAUUCUUUUCAGAUUGAGUGAAUUAAAAGCCCGACCAGCGGCCUGUGAAAAUGCUCGAUUGUAUCUUGAUGAGCUGCAAAAGAUUGUCAAGAACUGGGACACAAACAAACCAUGGCUCCCCAAAAAGAGAAUAGAUGAGGUUGUAAGUGAAGCAGAGAAAGUGAAAGCUUGGUUGGAGGAGAAGGAAAACCUGCAGAAAAAUACCCCUGUCUAUAGCCCACCAGUUUUCACAUCUGAAGAAGUUUAUGAGAAAGUUCUGGACUUGCAAGAUAAGGUCUCAAGUGUCAAUAGGAUUCCAAAACCAAAACCCAAGGUUGAGAAGAAAACAGCAAAGGAGGAAGAACCUGCUAGCAAGGAGAAAACCACCUCUUCGGAAUCUGCACCCAACGAGGGUGAAUACACCGAAACAUCUCAGGAAUCUAAGGCUCGAGAAGAGGAUCAGUCUGCAUCAGCCAACACUAGCGAUUCAGAACCUGAAUCUCAUGACGAGUUGUGA